AUGAGGCCUGAGAACCAGAGCAGCGUGUCUGAGUUCCUCCUCCUGGGGCUGCCCAUCCUGCCAGAGCACCAGGGUGUGUUCUUCGCCCUGUUCCUGGGCAUGUACCUGACCACGGUGCUGGGCAACCUGCUCAUCAUCCUGCUCAUCAGGCUGGACCCCCACCUGCACACGCCCAUGUACUUCUUCCUCAGCCACUUGGCCUUCACUGAUGUCUCUUUCUCAUCUGUCACUGUCCCUAAGAUGCUCAUGAACAUGCUAAUCCAGCACCUCUCUAUUCCCUAUGAAGGCUGCAUUUCACAGGUGUAUUUUUUCAUAUUUUUUGCAGACCUGGACAGUUUCUUGAUCACUUCAAUGGCUUAUGACAGGUAUGUGGCCAUCUGUCACCCUCUGCAGUACACCACCAUCAUGAGUCAGCACAUUUGCGUCAUGCUGGUGGCUGGGUCCUGGGUCAUUGCGUGUGCUUGUGCUCUUUUGCAUACUCUCCUCCUAGCCCGGCUCAUGAGGCCUGAGAACCAGAGCAGCGUGUCUGAGUUCCUCCUCCUGGGGCUGCCCAUCCUGCCAGAGCACCAGGGUGUGUUCUUCGCCCUGUUCCUGGGCAUGUACCUGACCACGGUGCUGGGCAACCUGCUCAUCAUCCUGCUCAUCAGGCUGGACCCCCACCUGCACACGCCCAUGUACUUCUUCCUCAGCCACUUGGCCUUCACUGAUGUCUCUUUCUCAUCUGUCACUGUCCCUAAGAUGCUCAUGAACAUGCUAAUCCAGCACCUCUCUAUUCCCUAUGAAGGCUGCAUUUCACAGGUGUAUUUUUUCAUAUUUUUUGCAGACCUGGACAGUUUCUUGAUCACUUCAAUGGCUUAUGACAGGUAUGUGGCCAUCUGUCACCCUCUGCAGUACACCACCAUCAUGAGUCAGCACAUUUGCGUCAUGCUGGUGGCUGGGUCCUGGGUCAUUGCGUGUGCUUGUGCUCUUUUGCAUACUCUCCUCCUAGCCCGGCUGUCCUUCUGUGCUGAGCACACCAUCCCCCACUUCUUCUGUGACCUUGAUGCCCUGCUCAAAUUGUCCUGCUCAGACACUUCCCUCAACCAACUGGUAGUCUUUACUGUGGGAUUAACAGCUAUUAUGCUUCCAUUCUUAUGCAUCUUGGUUUCCUAUGGCCGUAUUGGGGUGAACAUCCUCCGGGGUCCCUCUGCCAGUAACAUCUGUAAAGCCUUGUCCACAUGUGGAUCUCAUCUCUCAGUAGUGACCCUCUAUUAUGGGGCGAUUAUUGGUUUAUAUUUUCUUCCUUCGCCCAACAACUCCAAUGACAAUAACAUAAUCGCUUCGUUGAUGUACACAGUGGUAACUCCCAUGCUGAACCCCUUCAUUUAUAGCCUGAGAAAUAAAGACAUGAAAGGGGCCUUGAGAAAACUCUUGAAUAAGAAAACAUACUGUUCCAACUGA